GAGCCCGUGGGCGCUCGGAGAUGGGCUCAGCCAGGGUGGAGGGGUGGCCGGAAGGAAGCCAGCCUCCCUCCUCGCGCUGCUGGCCAGCUGAGAAUGUCUCAUUCCUGGUCAUUUGUUCAGCGGCUGAGCUGGUGUGUCCCCGUGGGCCACUGACCCAGGAGUUCGUCUUCCGCAGUGAUGGACUAAGCCUAGCCAGCAUGGGGGCAGGGGAUGGGGCCAGGACGGCACAGCUCACAGGUCUCCGGAUUGGACCUUUGAAAUCACACCUCAGCAAAGGGGCUGCAGGCUAGGGCUUCUGGGCAGGGGGACACGUCUUUCUUGUUUUUCUGUCUUUCAUCUCCGCCAAGGUUGCACACCUCCGUCGUCUCUGUGGUUAUCUUAGAACAAUAGGGGGUUUUGCUUUCUGUUUGUUCUUCCUCGAGUGUGGCGCUAACCGCAGCGGCCUGCAGGCAGGCAGAGGGCGAGGGCCCCUUCCUCUUCGUUCAGACCCCGCGGUCCCCGGCGCAGCUGGAGCUGGGGCUGAAACGGACAAGACAAGUGGUGGGCGUGCCGGUGCUUCUGUGGCUGAGCCCUGGGGACUCGCUGCUUUCUGGUGGAAAAGGAGAGUUCGGAGUCCUGACGGAGUCCAGACACCAGGACUUUCUAGGGCCACAGUUGCGUGGGCUAGCAGCCCCGUGGUCCCAGACCCGUCUAGUCCUCAAGGAGCUUAGUGACAAGCAGAGGAGGAAAGUGUACAGCUGACCUGCCCUCUUGGGCCCGUUUCCUCAUUCGAGAAAUGAGUGAGGUUGGACUUGGUCGGUAUUCCCGAUGGGGUCGGUGCUGCCCCUUGGAAGAGUUCAGUGUGCAGGUUCUGGGAAGACUUGGAUGGCUACCCCUGACGGGAGAGUGGUUUCCAGACCCCGGAGACCUGGCCCGGGGAGCCAGGGGAGCCAGGGGAGCGAGGACAGCCGGGGACCCCUGGACGACCGGCCACGUGAGGAGACCCAGGGGGCCCGGGAGCUGGCACUGGCAGAGCUGGCCAUGCUGAGGAAGGCGCAGGAAUUCUUCCAGAGCUGUGAUGCCGAGGGCAAGGGCUUCAUCGCCAGGAGGGAUAUGCAGAGGCUCCAUAAGGAGUUGCCCCUCAGCCUGGAGGACCUGGAGGAUGUGUUUGAUGCCCUGGAUGCUGACGGCAAUGGCUUUCUGACCCCAGAGGAGUUCGCCACUGGAUUUAGUCACUUCAUCUUCAGCCAGAAUAAGCCAAGUCAGGAAGACGGAGGGGAGCCGGCGGCCCAGCCCCAGGAGGAGAAGGUGUACCAGACCGGAGGGGAGGAGGACCUGGGCGGCAUGGACGAAGACGAGGAGGCGCAGUUCCAGGUGCUGAUGGACAGGCUUGGAGCCCAGAAGGCUCUGGAAGACGAACGUGACGUCAAGCAACUCUGGCUGCAGCUGAAGAAGGACAAACCUCACCUGCUGUCCGACUUCGAGGAUUUCCUGACCAGAAUCUUCUCGCAGCUCCAAGAAGCCCAGGAGGAGAAGAACGAACUCGAGUGCGCCCUGCAAAAGAAAAUUACUGCUUAUGACGAAGAAAUCCAGCACCUCUAUGAGGAGAUGGAGCAACAAAUCAAAAGCGAGAAGGAGAAGUUCCUCCUGAAGGACACGGAGAGGUUCCAGGCCCGCAGUCAGGAGCUGGAACAGAAGCUGUUCUCCAAGGAGCAGGAGCUGGAGCAGCUGACCCAGAAACAGAAGCGGCUGGAAGGCCAGUGCGCCGCCCUGAGCGAUGACAAGCAGGAAACCAGGGCCGAGAACACCAAGCUGAGACUCACAAACCAGGAGCUGGCCCGGGAGCUGGAGCGGACAGCCUGGGAGCUGCAGGAAGCGCAGCAGCAGCUGGAGAGCCUGCAGCGAGAGGCCUGCCAGCUGCACCAGGAGAAGGAGAUGGAAGUGUACCGCGUGACGGAGAGCCUGCAGCGGGAGAAGUCGGGGCUCCUGAAACAGCUGGAUUUCCUGAGGGAAAGGAACAAGCACCUUCGGGAUGAACGGGACAUGCAUUUUCAGAAAGACAAGGUGGCCAAGGCAAACCCAGCUGCUUCAGCAGGCUGGAAGCAGCGGUCUGGCUCUGUGAUCGGCAAAUACAUGGACGGCAGAGGGAUUCUCAGAAGCCAAUCAGUGGAGGAGGAAGAUGUGUUUGGCGUUCCGAGGAGGAGGAGCUCACUGGGCCUGAACGGACACCCGCUUACGGAAGAGGAGCCAGGGGCUGGGGGGCCGCUCCGCCGGGCACUCCGCAGAAUCAUCUCCAUUGAAGAGGACCCCCUGCCCCAGCUGCUGGGGGGGGCCUUUGAGCAGCCACUGGGCAAAUGCCCCGAAGAGGAGGAGGUCUCCGACCAGGGGCUGGAGGGACAAAUCCCACAGGCCCGACCUCUGGGACAGGUGCCCACGUCUCCUCGAGGGCAGCCUGUCGGAAAAGAAGCCCUGUGGAAGGAGGAAGGCCCUGCGUCCACCCUAGACCGGCUCUUCAAGAUCGUGUUCGUGGGCAAUUCGGCGGUGGGGAAGACGUCCUUCCUGGGGAGGCUCUGUGACGGCAGCUUCUCCCCGGGCUCGGCGGCCACUGUAGGCAUCGAUUACCGCGUGAAGACGGUGUGUGUGGACGACUCGCACGUGGCCCUGCAGCUGUGGGACACGGCGGGGCAGGAGAGGUACCGCUGCAUCACCCGGCAGUUCUUCAGAAAGGCCGACGGCGUCAUCGUCAUGUACGACCUCACGGCCAGAGAGUCCUUCCUGUCGGUGCGGCAGUGGCUGAGCAGUGUGGAGGAAGCCGUGGGAGGCCGCAUUCCCAUUCUUCUGCUGGGCAAUAAAAUUGACAACGAGAAAGAGCGGGAAGUCCCUCGGGGCCUGGGGGAGCAGCUGGCCAAGGAGAACAGUCUGAUCUUCUAUGAAUGCAGUGCCUACUCCGGUCACAACACCCGAGAGUCCGUGCUCCAUCUGGCCAGGAUCCUCAAGGAGCAAGAAGACACAGUGAGGGAGGACACGCUUCAGGUCGACCGCCCCGCCAAGAAGAAAGCCUGCUGCGGCUGAUACAGGCCUCCCAGGACCCCCGCCCGGGCCCGAGGCCACAGGGUCUCCCCUGCCUCCUGCACACGGGCUCCUGCACCAGGGCCCCGACCGAGACCCGCCUGGACCGUUGUCCUUGUGGGUGACGUGCCCCAAGGGAAGGGGAGCACAUCCCGCCAGGAAAGCUGCUCCUGGUGCAUCUUGGGGUCUUUUCUCUCCCUCCUGUGUCUAGACCCGGAGGCCUGUUCCCUUCUUUUCUCCUCCACCAGCUUGGUUUCUUGGGGGAAAGAAACAGAUGGACUUUUCCAGAAAAUCCACCGCGUGCCUUCUCCCCCCGCCCAUGCCCCUCUGAGCCUGGCCCCUGAGGUUGCCGUGGCAACUGUGCCAGCGACUUGCUGCUUCCUGUAGGCCAGAGACAGUGCUGGGUGGUGCCAGGGCGUUGGUCUGGCCUCAGAGCCUGUCUCUGGACCCGAUGGGAUGUUCUCGGCACAUGCGUCAUGGACCUCGGCACCUACCUCCGGUUCCACCCUGUCCACCAAGGGGUCCUGCUCCUUCCCCAGCUUCAGGGCCCCUCCUCUCUCAGCAGCCUCCACACCUCCCCUAUUUGUCCGCUUGGGUUUUCUGGAGCCGUGCCUUUGAAAACCACCGCCUUUGCUCCCCACCGCCCACCCACAACCCCGACUCCAGGGUGGUCUGGGGGUGAGAAGUGUUUGCUGGGGUUAGGGAGUGGGCUCACUACAGGCUUGACUUUGACGAGAAGAAAAGAAAACGAGGGGGGAGGAACCAUCUGCUGCUAAACAGAGCGACCGUGUCCGGAGGGUGUAAGUAAGGCACACACAGCGUGUAAAAGCCACUUUCUAAAUGUCCUCAAAAUAGCUCUCAGAAAAUCGUACAUGCUGAUUAACUCGGUAAAUUGACAGGCAGGCAGGGAGGCCUGACACCAGGUCCACAGCUGCUGACUUCAUUUGAUUUUACCUUUUCCAGAAGGCUGUAUUAAUUCUUUUUAAAAGUGGCCGUGAUGUUGGCGUUUUGCAGGCGUUUGAGAUGCGAACCGAGCGCACUGCCGGCCGCGGCACCCCUGUGACGGCACCGGCCCCUGCGCCACCCGGCACAGGUGCCCGAGCACGUGUAUGGGGAGGGGGGAGCUUUUUUGGCUUGAAAACAAGGAUUGAAGCAUGUGGCCCUCAAGGGGCCUCAGAGUGAGUCUGGGUCAUGUGACUGUGGAACCUGGGGUUCCGUGGGCAGGUGUCCAGGGCAGAGGCUCAGGGUGACCCGGCACAGGGGCAUGGGCUGCCGGGCCACUCCGUGGAGGCGGUGUGGGCGCCCAGGGACUGCCUCCUGAGGGCGGGAGCACUCACCUCUGUCACCGCCUGUCACGCGGUGUCUGGCCGGCAGUGUUCACCGGGAGGUCCUGGUGAGAGCAGAGCUGGCAUCUCAAGAGCAAGGCCCACCUCUUGGUGGCUGCACGCCUGGCCCCUGUGGCCGAGGCGACCUGCGGGGUUUGGCUUACUGGUGCGAAUGAGGGGCUGCUUCUGGGUUUAAAACAAAGUGCCAAGGAGCGUUCCAGCUGCUGCAAUUUGACUGCCUUUGUGACAGCGUGAGGCCCAUCCAAGCCUCCACCUCAGCGCCGUUGUCACCUGCAGGCAGCUCAGUGGCCCAGCGUGGCCCGGGCUCCGCGCCGUGAAACGUGCUUCCCUGCCCGGUCUGCCUCCUUCCUGGAGCGGAACCAGCCACCUUCACGCAGCAGCGCCAGUCCCAGUGCUUCCUCUAGCCCCUGAGGACCUGUGCAGAGUGAGAACCUGCUCACAAGUUGGUGGCCCUGGGCAAAACCCAGGACCGCCUGAUGCUCUGAGCCCCAGCCUGCAAAUCCAUAAAACAGCUCUCUGCCCUACCAGUCUGCCAAGGCGGGGUGCAGGUCGUGUGAGAAGUCUGGGUAGGGACUUAGCCAACUGAAAAGCUCUAAACAAGCGUUCGCAUGUCGUCUGUCUCCCGUGAAGGGACCAGAGCAAAAGACAAUAGGAGGGAGAGAAAAUCCUGCACGUCUUGGUAACUGAAAGAAGCUGGGGCCUCAGGUAAGAGCGUCUCCUAUUUCGUGGCUAAUAGGACAAAGCUGGAGACUUGGCCUCAGGCUGUUCUGCAUCUUCCCCUGCUGCACUGAAGGUGGACAGGGGGCCAGCUUCCAGGCUCCCGGCUCCCCCAGCAGGGUUCUGGUCUCAGAACUUUGUAUUUGCUAGGGCCUGGCACUGACUAGACACCAGGCAGGUGGAGGUCCCAUGGGUGCCAUCAAGACGCUGGGUACCGCACUCGUCCCUGAAGCACCUUCACCCGCGUGGUGUCCGGAGGACUUUCUCUGUGGGGCGGUGGACACGGUCUCAGGUUGGAGGGCAGGGAGUGAUGGCUGCACCCACUACUGUGAAUGUACUUAGUACCUCUGAAUUGGACAUUUUAAAUGGUUGAAAUGGUAAAUGUGUGUGAUGUAUAUUUUACCACAAUACAUUCUUUUUGGAACGAC